CUGCAGUUAGUCGCUCUCUGGAGUCGCAAGAGUUCAGUUCUUCAUAGCAAAAAAAUGAUUGCUACCUUUUGUCUUAUCAUAACCGCGAGUGUGCUGCUGCACUGGCUCUAUAGGGUCAAUAAAGACUACUACAUUCUGGCCUUCUUUGCACGGCGAGUACAUACCAAGGAUGGUCGCCCGGUAGAAGAUAUUGUUCCCAUUCCAAAGGGCAAGACUAUAUUCGCCCAUAGCUUUGAUUUCUACGGACUAGACGAUGCCGGAACAUUCGAAUAUUCCCGAAAGUUAGCCAAGGAAAUGGGCGGCAACUAUUUGAUAUAUAGUUUGGGCACCGCAGUGUACAGUAUUAUCGAUCCGGAAAUAAUAGAAUUUGUCGUAAAUAAUUCCAAUCUCAUUACAAAAGGAAUGGUUUAUAAUUUCAUGAGACCAGCUUUACGAACUGGCUUAUUGACCGCAUCAGGUCAAAAAUGGCAUUUACGACGUAAGAUGAUAACACCCACGUUCCAUUUCAAUAUAUUAGGUCAAUUUCAGGAAGUUUUCAAAGCGGAAAGUCGAAAGUUCAUUGACCAGUUUCCCGAUCGAACCGAGAAUAUAAUAUCCGUCACCGAUCUAAUACCCAAGUUUACACUCAACGGUAUAUGUGAAACGGCAAUGGGUAUAAAACUAGAUGAUAUGAUUGAGCAAGGCGAACGCUAUCUGGAAAGCAUUAAAAUGGUUGAAAAAUUAUUUAUUAUGCGUGUAAGCAAUCCAAUGCAUUAUAAUGACACCAUGUAUAAUUGGCUGGCCGCUAGUAGAGAUGCUCCUUACCUGAAGGUAAUGCACGAUUUCUCCAGUGAAAUCAUUGCCAAACGUCGCCUUCUUUUAGAAGAUGAGCUAGUUCAAAGAAGUCAAAAUCAAAUGCCGGAUGAUGACACUUAUAUCAACAAGAAAAGAAGGUUUGCCAUGUUGGACACUUUGAUAUGUGCUGAGAAAGAUGGUCUAAUUGAUCAUGAAGGCAUCUGUGAAGAAGUCGAUACAUUAAUGUUAGGUGGUUUUGAUACCACAUCAAUGUGCCUAAUUUUUGUCCUCAUGCUUCUUUCAUUGCACUCGGAAGAACAGGAGCGAUGCUAUCAAGAAAUUGUGGAAAAUAUAGAUGAUGACCUAACCACUUUGGACAUUAACCAGCUGACGAAACUCAAAUACAUGGAGUGCGUUAUUAAGGAAACCCUUCGAUUGUAUCCAUCAGGACCUACAAUGUCUCGCCAGACAUUGAACGAAACCGAAUUGCCAAAUGGUCUUAUCUUGCCCGUGGGCACCCAAAUUGUGGUGCAAAUAUUCGAUCUUCAUCGUAAUCCCAAGUAUUGGGAUAAUCCAGAGAAGUUUGAUCCAGACCGUUUUCUGCCUGAAAACAUGAAGGAUCGCCACACAUAUGCCUUUAUUCCAUUUAGUGCUGGUCAGCGAAAUUGUGUUGGUCAAAAGUACGGGAUGGUUCAAAUGAAAACCUUUUUAAUCUAUAUUAUAAAGCAAUUUAAGAUUUUACCUUUGUUUGAUCCCAAAGAUCUUAUAUUGCACAGCGGUAUUACCCUUGGUGUUAAAAAUGAUAUUAAAGUUAAGCUUGUGAGAAGAAAUAAAUAAAUAAUUAUUAUUUUUAUAAG